AUGGCGGGGGUGCAGCGGCGGAUUCGCGCGGAUGGUCGUUUCGACACGCCGCUGCGCUCCGCCGCCUUCGGAAUCGUUCUCUUUCGUUGGUUGCUGCAGGAUGACGACGCCACGCGACGGCUGGCGGAGGCCUGGCAGGGGGUUCUUACCGAGCGCCUUAGAAAGACCCCUCAGGAAGAAGGAGAAAAAGAGCUUGUUGGAGCUGAAGCCAACCCUCCUCGCGUGCAGCUUUCUCUGGUGGUGCUGCAGAAACGCGUGUGGAUUCGAAUAUCGCUAUUGGAGCUUUCGGUGAGGGUGGAGGAGGAUGGCGCCGGGGAGGAUUCGGAUGAGAGCGUGCGGCGCGCGGAGGCAUACGUGAUGUCGACGCUGCAGGCGGCAGCCGAACGGAUGGACGAUGAGGGGUUUUGCAACUCCUCUGCCGCGGAGAGGGGGGUAGGGGUGGGGGGCACUUCAGACAGGUGA